AUGUUGUGGAGGUCGGCAUUAUGGUUGGCAUUGACAUGCGCAGCCACCACUGCAGCCCUGCCUGCGAAGAACCAUGGCGAAUCUUGUCCCGUCAAGCAUGACCAGCCGGCGUCAUCCAAUUGGCAUGAGGGACCCUUCAAAGAAAUCAUUCGUUUGAUUGAAGAAUGUCCUGAAGGACGCCAUUUCUGUCGCGAACGCAUUCACGGUUCUGAAGUUACCACCAGAACUAAGACGGUGACUCCAAUGCCAACUACCGUCAAAAUCACAGACACUAUCACCGGUCAUUCUCGCGAGGUGACAAGAACGACCACCCGGGGGAUCACCUCGACACUUGCGGAGUACCCGGCUACCACCACUCUUCAUGCAAUAUCGACUUUGACUCGAACCGUGCCCUUGACAAUCACAGAUCUAUCCACAUCUACAAUCGCGGAUGUUUCCACCGUCUUCCUGACUUUGGCAGACUAUAUAACAAUCACGAGGCCUGUGACUGAGUUUAUCACGAACACUGUCACCCAGGCAAUUACUGAUGACACAACUGCCACCAUCUUCGAGCUCUUCACGGACACUACUACUGAGACUUUCUCAAAUACGAUCACCAAAUAUGCGACAGUCUAUGGUACAUCAUUCAUCACAAACUAUGCAACCAGUUAUUUCACCAAUCUUUACACCGAUAUCGCAACUGACACUAUCACAAACUACCAUACUGAGACCACAACCAUUUCUUUUACGGAUACCGCCACUGCAACGGCGACGGACACUAUCUCAUCUAAAACCACUCAAGAGGUGGAUGUGAUUACGACCGAUACUCAGUCUCUGACUACUAUUCAGACCGACUUCAUUGCUUCUACUAACACGCUCUCUGCUACGGAGACCGAUUAUAUAACUGCCACAGUCACCUCCGUCGAGACUGAUGGUUUUACUGUCACUGCAACCGCUGUAGUAACUAUUGAACCAGUCAAAAGGGACGAGAUCAAUGCACGUGCUGCGCUACCCACUCCUUCCGCCUUGAGAAACAUUCACGAUAGUCAUCUUUCAAGCGCAUGCUCUUUCCUGUGGAAUGAGAAGUGGCUGUCAACGACAUAUACUACGAAGACAGUCGCAAAGCCUACAGUUACUAAUACAAUCACCUUUCACACCCACGCUCCUGGAACCCAUACAGUCUACGUCACAAAGUUGACAACCGACUUUGUGACUAACAGAGCGCCCAGUAUCUUGACUAAGACGGUCACCAACACCAUCACUGCCGAUAUUACGAGUACGCUGACCGUUCAUGGGACAUCAAAAAUCACGUCCUUGUCUACUACGACUGUGACCGAUACUCCGGAAUUGGUCAUAACGGUAGAUAUCGCAACCACUGAGACCGACCUCGUCACUGCCACUGUGACGAGUGAUGUGACAAUCUUGACUACUUUGGAUAUUACCUCCGAAGAAACAGCUUCGGUAACGGAAUCUGUCACGGCGGAUGUCACAACCACUGCCACGACUGAUCUGACAACGACUCAGACCAACACGGAGACAGUCGAUAUCACAUCCAGCCAGACAGUUACCCAAACUGCUGAUGUCACCGCUACUGAAACGGCAUCCGUGACGAUCACGGAGACCUCGACGACCACCGUAGACGUUACGGAAGUGGCAACGAUUACUUCAACUUCUUUCUUCGGUGUCACCGUCACUCAACCAGUCACGCUCCAAAGGACAGUCGUCAACACAGUCGACAUCACCAACAUCGCAUCCACCACGUCAACCAUCGACGUGACCGUGACCCAGAAAGUCUCGAAGACUACCACCACAACUGUGACCGCAACCGCAACCGCGAUCAAUAGGGUUAACCUCGUGCAAAAUCCAAGUUUUGACGUAGCAAACGCUUUCUCUGUCGCUGGCUGGACGACCGCAGGUAGCGGAGCCGCAAUAUCGCAUGCCAGUGGCUCAUCAAUUGGUACUACCUAUGUAUUCUAUUAUGUUGGCAAUAAUCCGCAAACAUACACGCUCUCUCAGUCACUGGCCACCGUCUCGGGAAUUACAUAUACCGUGUCAUUUUGGUGGAGAGUGGGCACUUCAACCUCGUCAAUGAUUGUUACCCUUGGAUCCGACAGCCAAACCUUCCAAGCGCCAUCAAGUAAGGUCGGUGGCUGGAUUCAGCAGACAUUUACUUCCCAGGUCACUUCCUCGUCCUCAGAGCUUUCGUUUAAGUUUGUCCCAGUUAGCACCCAAACAGGGUUUCAGUUAGGCUUGAUCAGCGUUAUAUGA